ACUACGACAGUAUCGUGUGCUGCUUAUCGCGUUCCAGUUCUAUGUCUCGAGUGGUUUUGGUUAUCUCUUCAGUUCACUUGUCUCUGUCCUUUAGAGCAACAUUUCUAUGUUCCCGCUACCUCUCUAGCAAAUUCUGGUGAUACUCUGAUUUGUUCUGGAAAGACUUCAGCAAUUUUACAGCAAAAAGAAGCUUCAAAUUUUGUUAAACUGUCUAUCUCUAAGACUCCCGAUUGUGUAUCUGGCCACUCGACGCCAAUCAUCAACUCAAGACGAGAAGCUGAAACUUUUAUAAGUAGAUCGGAUCUGCAUCCUCGUCAAUUCUCCACUCCGACCGGUCAGGCCUUAUGUCUAAGGCCCAUUGAUCCCUUUUCUGAAUCUGUAAAUGAUCCUAUAGCCGAAGGAAUUUCUCUACCUCCUAACUUUCCUCCAGAUACUUGCCACAGCUCAGUCACUUCUAAGCCGCAUUCUCCAAAAGUAAGGGCGGAAGAGUCCGUUGAAAUUGAUUCAAUAUUUGGUAAAUAUUUGGAUUCCAACCUCAAUGCUAGCACUGAUGUGAUACAAGUAUGCUCACCAUCUUCUCCACGGGUUUCGUCCAGCCCAGGUGCCCAUUUUCAUCAGGCCAAACGGCUUUCAGGUGGAGAUCUUAGCGAUAUUGAUGAGGGUAAAGAAAAUCAGCCACCAGGACAUACAGAUUUAGAAGAAAGCCUUCCAUCGCAGGAAGCUCAAUAA